AGGAAGGGGGAAGAAGGCCCCAGGACUUCGCAUUGACAGUGGUGGGAGCGGGGAGUUUCUGUUUCCAUGGGUGGUUUCUUAUGUUGUAUGGAAGCCGGGAGACUGAAAGCCACUUAAGAUGUUUUCUGCAAUUAACUGGUGUCUAUGCUCAGGACGUUUCUUUUAUGAAGGCAUUGUUGGGAUGCCUCAUUUUGUAGAUUUUGGCUUUUGGAAGGCUCGGUAAGAAGACUGCAGGUUUCUUUUCUCGUCAACAAAUAGAGUUGUGACUUCUGCAUCUUCCAUAACCUGCAAUAAUUUUGUAAGGCAAACACGUUUCCUGAGCUUUUCGACCAUCAUGGCGAGUGAUGCACCGACUGCCUUGCAAAAUGGCAACGGUAAAGUGCAUGAUCCUCAAAGAACAUUUCAAGUUGUUGUUGCAGUAACUCCUCAAAUGGGUAUUGGUAAAGAUGGCAAGCUGCCAUGGAAGCUACCGAGUGAUCUGAAGUUUUUCAAAGAAAUCACUACGACUACGUCAUCUCCCCAAAAGAAAAAUGCAGUCAUUAUGGGCAGGAAAACAUGGGAAAGUAUCCCUCAUGAGUAUAGGCCCUUGCCUGGAAGGUUGAAUGUGGUGCUUACUCGUUCUGGAAGUUUUGACAUCGCAACUGCAGAAAAUGUUGUGAUUUGUGGAAGCAUAUCCUCUGCCUUGGAGUUAUUAGCAGCACCACCUUAUUCUGUAUCAAUAGAGAGUGUGUUCAUCAUAGGAGGCGGUCAGGUACUAAGGGAAGUUCUAAAUUCACCGGCUUGUGAUGCCAUCCAUACUACGGAGGUGCAUUCUGACAUUGAGUGUGACACGUUUAUCCCUACAAUCGACUUUUCAAUGUUUCAGCCAUGGUACUCGUCUUUUCCACUGGUGGAGAAUAACAUACGCUAUUGCUUUGCAACAUAUGUUCGUGUUAGAAGUUCUCCGGCGGAGCCUUCAGUUUUGGAAGAGGGAUUAGUUUCUAGUGUAGAGCAGGCAAAUGAUAAGUUUGAGAUCCAAAAAUUUUCCUUUUUGCCUAAAUUCAUAUUUGAGAGGCAUGAGGAAUAUGUGUACCUGAGGUUGGUCCAGGAUAUCAUAUUGAAUGGUUAUCAGAAAGAAGAUAGGACUGGGACAGGGACAUUAUCAAAAUUUGGUUGUCAGAUGCGAUUUAAUUUGCGCAAAACAUUUCCACUUAUCACUACAAAGAAAGUUUUCUGGCGUGGAGUUGUUGAAGAAUUGCUAUGGUUCAUCAGUGGUUCUACCAAUGCAAAGGUUCUACAAGAAAAAGGUGUGCAUAUUUGGGAUGGAAAUGCUUCCAGGGACUAUCUUGACAGUAUUGGCUUGACUGAAAGAGAAGAAGGUGAUUUGGGUCCCAUAUAUGGUUUUCAAUGGAGGCACUUUGGUGCAAGGUAUACUAACAUGCAUGCUGAUUACACUGGACAAGGAUUUGAUCAGCUAUUAGAUGUAAUCAAUAAGAUAAAAAGAUGUCCUGAUGACCGUCGGAUUGUUCUCUCAGCCUGGAAUCCUACUGAUCUAAAACUGAUGGCUCUCCCACCCUGCCACAUGUUUGCACAGUUUUAUGUGGCCAAUGGGGAGCUAUCAUGUCAGAUGUACCAACGAUCUGCUGAUAUGGGACUUGGCGUGCCAUUCAAUAUAGCUUCAUAUGCUCUCCUAACACGCAUGAUUGCUCAUGUCUGUGAUAUUUCUCCAGGGGAUUUUGUUCAUGUUAUUGGAGAUGCUCAUGUUUACAGGACUCAUGUUAGGCCCCUUCAGGAGCAGCUCCAAAACCUGCCCAGACCAUUCCCAGUGUUGAAGAUAAAUCCUGAGAAAAAGGAUAUUGAUUCUUUCGUUGCAGCUGAUUUUGAAAUUGUUGGAUAUGAUCCUCACAAGAAAAUUGGAAUGAAAAUGGCAGUCUAGAACAGGCUUGACAGAAGAACGUUCCUGUUCAAUCCUUCAAAUGAGUUGAUGUCUUCAUUUUUAUAGUAAGACAGGUUUCACACCAAUAACGAACCUUUCUUUCUGGAUAAGGUUUUGCUGUAGGGUAAUCGGCGAUGCAAAGUGAGAUAUAUACCAAGCGAUGGCAGUCGGAUCAUGUUUUUAGAUCGUUUGGAGUGCUUUUCUGCGAGAGAAAAAAGCUUAUAAUAUUUCCAUUGGUUUUUUAGAGUUUGUGUUUCUUAAGUUUACUUUGCUGACAGAUGUUGGAGGUCAGUUACUUAAGUUGUAUCCACAUUUCAACCUUUGGUUGAGUGGCAAGAGUUCCUAGCAGUUUUAGCCGUUGGCGCUUAUGCUAUUUGUUAACUGAAAGGAUUGAAGUUUGUUCACAUGUUUUUCCUAUGAACAAAGCUUAGAAACUCGGGAGCUCUCAAUGGUACAGCUCUUUUGAAUUCUAAUAUACUUCGAAAAUCUUUGAUGGCCUUCGUA